AUGUUCGAAUUAAUGAUGUAUAUUUCUUAACUAACCUUGAUAAAAAUUUUUGAAUAGACGCUAAUCAAUUUUGUUAUUUUUUAUCUAAACCUUAGAAUGCUUCCAUUUAAGAUAUUUAAUAGUAAAAGCAAUUAAUAUUUUUGUUCAAAAAUAACAGAAUUCUAUUUAAUAAACGAAAUUAAUUUCAUUCACAUACUUUUUUCAGAUACAAAAAAAAAAAAACUUGUAUUUCAUUUGAUUUCCAAAAAUUUUAAGUUAAACAAUAAUGCUAAAGAUAUAAUAAAACAAAUAUUGUAAAGAUUUGAAUCAGUAAUAAGAGUCUUAUUGCUUAAGAGAAUCUUCUUAGAAUUCAUAAAUUGA